AUGUCCAAUCAAGAUGCAGAUUAUGACUAUCAGCUAAAGUCUAUGACAGAAACAUGUCCAACUGAAAUAGCAACUGAAGAAUCCUACGCCAAGAGGAUGGCUAUCCGCGAAACAUGGGGCAGCGUUGCGAGGACGAGCAAAUGGCCCUCAAGACAUAUUGGCACCUCCAUCAAGUUUGUGUACCUCUUCGGCUAUUCCGACAACGCCGAUUUGAAGCAAAGGCUUAGAGCUGAAGCAUCUGAGUUUGAAGAUGUUCUUCAGAUUGGAAUAACGGAGAGAUAUGGCAUCAAUGUGACCAAGAAGAUUCUGAUGGGGUUCAAAUGGGCGGAGGAGCACUGUCGGGGGACUGAACACGUGGUAAAGGUCGACGAUGAUGUGUUUGUAGACUUGCCCCAAAUCCUUGACCAUCUGCACCACCAAGAAUUCAGUUCGUAUAUCAGUGGCCACAUGGUCUGGUUUUCCUUUACCAAGCGCUCUGGCAAAUACAAGUUAAGCUACAAGGAAUAUCCUUUCUACAUGAUUCCAGCUUACAUUCUUGGGUAUUUUUACGUGAUGCCAAUGGAGAUUAUGUCAAGGCUCUUGGAGGCUUCACAGUUCGUGCCUUAUGUCAGAAUGGAAGACGUGUAUAUCACAGCUAUUCUACCCAGGACAAUUGGUGUACAACCGAAAGCAUUCAAGAGUUUUUGGUUUGACAGAAAUUAUGAAGUAGGCCUUUGUGAUUUUGUGAUGAAAAGGCGAGAUGUAAGUGUUGAUGUAAGUCCUGAAAAUAUGUACCAUAUAUGGAAGACUUACCGUGAUGAGAGGCUUUGCAAACGCGUGCUACGUUGA